CUUCUUCUUCUCUUUCUCUUGCUCUAAACGGAGACAUGGAAGCUCAAGUGAUCCACACGUGAGAUUGCAAAAGGGUGCGCGCGGUUCAUAUCAUGAAUACCUUCCCGAGAGGUCUCAUCCAUCGUAUGGUAUCAAGUAUUGUAUUGACACUCUUGCUUUUGUUUUUUUUGCCUAACGUUACCUGCCAGCAAGAGUUAGAAUCCGUAGACCGCAAUAGAAAAUCAAAUUUCUCCGCGGAAUCGAUAAUUGCAAUAGUUUUGCUUGCAACGUUUAUGUCAUUGAGCAUGGUCGCUUGUUGCUUUCACAAGCACAACACAUUCUAUAGUGUAGAGAUUGAGACGGCAGGCCAUGAAGUGUUGCAUAAUAGAGCGAGGCGUGGACUCGAAAAAGAAGUCAUUGAGUCCUUUCCAUCUUUCCUCUAUUCAGAAGUUAAAGGGGUCAAGAUAGGCAAAGGCGGAGUAGAAUGUGCGAUUUGUCUAAGUGAGUUUGAGGAUCAAGAAAGACUACGUUGGUUGCCUCCUUGUAGCCACACUUUUCAUGCUAAUUGCAUCGAUGUGUGGCUCGCUUCUCGGUCCACAUGUCCCGUCUGCCGUGCAAAUAUGUCUCUAAAAUCUGGUGAGAACUUUACAUAUCUGAACAUGGAUGUUGAAGUGGGAAAUGUACAAAGAGAUGUUCAAGAACUCCCUGAUGAGAGAAGUUUCACAGGUAGUAGUGUGACACCUAGAUCGAGUUCUACGGGGUUAUUAUCGAGCUGGCGUAUGCCUGAGAUAUUCUUCCCUCGAUCUCAUUCGACCGGACAUUCAUUGGUUCAACUAUGUGAGAAUCUAGACCGAUUCACACUUCAACUACCAGAAGAGCUGCAAAGACAAUUGGUUAGCUUGAAUCUGGUAAGGAGAAGCCACAUGAACUUACCUCAAGCCAUGAGUUCGAGACAGGGCUACAGGAGCGGUUUCAUUUCGGGAAGGCAAAGGCUCCAACGGGCCAUAUCUAUGUCUCUCUCUUUCUCUAUUCAACCUGCUUCUGUUCUGUCUACACAUGACAGGAGUGGCAAAGUUCAAGAGACUUCUCAAGAUAAGGACAACAACUUAGGUGAAAGGUCAUUCGAACGCCUCAUGCCAGAGAAGGUGUAA